UGCCCCAUUAUAAGAGAAUCUUUUGACGUUUGAGAGAGACGACAGAGAGAUGGAGCUGAGCCCACCUGGUUUGUACAGUUUAGAGGAGUUGGUUGGAGCUCCAAGAAGAGAGAAUUGGAGCACAACAACGCUCUUCACUUCACCAGACACCUUCUUCUCAAACGCCUGGUCCAAUGGCUUCGAUGAAUCCUUGGAUCCUCCAGAUUUUGUGUCCUCUUCUUCUUCUUCGCUACUCGACCUCCUCACUCUCCCCCAAGAACCCACCACCUUUGCAUGCCCAGACCUUCAGAUCCAGCAUGGCUGCGGCUUCGCUAAUGCUGCGCCGCCGCCGCAGGAGGAGUACGGCGGCGGCGGCGGCGGAGGAGGAGUUUUCGGGGGGAUUAAUAAUCUGCAGGAGAGUGAUGAGUUUAGUGGGUUGAUGAGAAGCUGCGGUUGUGCACAAGUGAAGAUGGAGCAGCUGGGUAACAAUGGCGGCGGCGGAAAGAAGAGUAAAUCCAAGAAAGUUGAAGGGCAGCCUUCCAAGAAUCUAAUGGCGGAAAGGCGGAGGAGGAAACGCCUUAACGACCGCCUCUCCAUGCUCAGAUCAAUCGUUCCCAAGAUUAGCAAGAUGGAUAGAACCUCCAUUCUUGGAGACACCAUUGAUUACAUGAAAGAGCUGUUAGAGAAAAUCCAUCAACUGCGUGAAGAUACCUUGGAAGAAGACGACAAAAACCACAUCAAAUCCCUCGCACCAAACACCAGCAGGGAACUCAAGUCUAAUGAAGCAAUUGUAAGAAAUCCUCCAAAGUUUGAUGUAGAAAGGAGAAACGUGGACACUAGAAUCGAGAUAUGCUGCGCAACAAAACCUGGUUUGUUGUUGUCAACUGUGAGUACAAUAGAAGCUCUGGGUCUUGACAUUCAUCAAUGCGUUAUCAGCUGCUUCAAUGACUUCUCCUUCCAAGCCACAUGCGCAGAGGCGACGGAUCACAGAACGGUUCUGAGCCAGGAAGACGUAAAACAAGCGCUAUUCAAGACAGCCGGCUAUGGAGGAAGGUGUCUGUAGGAAUAGAAUAAUAUUAUUGUCUGGGGAAUAAAUUUAGUAGUAUUCCCACUUUUUAAGCGGACAUACAUGUCUCUUAUUCACAACAAUUUUUGCAAGUCUUUUAAUAAUAAUAAUAAUAUAAUAACAUAAUGUCGCCAUCUACAAUAUUUCAU